UAAACACUAAAGAAACAUGAACUGACUUUAUUAAGGCUUUCUGAAUUCGACAAGUAACGAUAGAUUAUCAUGUGGAGCUUGUUUGGACUGCGUAAGGACUCAAAGAAGUCAACCCCAGACAAGGAAGUAGAUGGAGGAUUUGUUAUUGUUGCCGAGACAGUUGAAGAACAGAGGCAGAAGCUGCAAACCAUGAACGUCACACAGCCCUCAACAAAUGUCAUAGUGCAACCAUCAAAGUCAUCCUGCUCAACUCCAGAUCCGAAGUAUGACACAAAGCUCUCGGCAACUUCACACAACAUGGGGACAACAGUGAGACCUCUAGCAGUGGAAGCACAUUCAACUCUUCCAGAUCUCCUCGGGGAUGUCCCCUUCACUUUGGCUCCUCAUGUCCUGGCCAUGCAGGCAGGAUUCCCCCUCAUCCCUGAUAUAUUGCUGUCCCGGGACAUAAAUUAUAAUCUAGCCAGGUUUCAAUACGACUUCACUUUAGAGAAUUCUAUUCUUCACAACGCCUAGUCUCUUUGAACUGCAAUAUUCCAUAGUUCACACUAUGGGGAACAGAGCUGGUAGGCUGCCAUAGCUGACUUUAUAACAUAUUGAAAAGAACAAAUCAAACCUCAUCUAAAUGACUGAAAAUUAAAUUAAUUUAAAUGUAGGGCUACUGAAAUAUAAUGAAGUAUGGUCAAAUUGUACUGUUGAUCCCAAAAAGGUCACAGUUUUAUAGGAAAUGAAAGGCUUUCUUAAACUCUGUGUGUUACUCAUGGUGUGAAUGCUAACUGGCAAGCUGCUUAAUUUAAACGCAGACACACAGUUUAGGAUGUGAUUGCCUAAAACAUAGUAAAACAUUUUUUCAAGUUACAAUCUGUAGAUAUAAUGAAGUAUAGCGUUACUGUGAUUAGCAAAAUGAAAAUUCCAGGUUAUUGCAACUCUGACCCCAUUGUUGGCGCUUCAGUUAUCCUUUUGAUCAGUUAAGAUCAUGUUUUUGUCACUUCCAUGUAGCUGUUUCCAGCCCCACGGGCUAAGGCCCAGCCAGCGGCCACUCCCCGGGCCUGGCUUCAGGGUGAGAGCCCAGUAACCUCUCCCCCCAAGUGCAGACUUGUUCCUUGGUUUCUUUGCUAAGACAGCAAAGAAACAUCCUGAGCAUCCAUUACCAGGCCACCUGCUCGCUGGGGCUCAACACAGAUUCCUUAAAAAUCAGAGCAACCACAAUUUUUGAGAAACCACCAAUCUCUCAUAAAACAGACUGCUGCUGUCUACAACAAACAGAAGUGCAGCAGACAGCUGCGUCCCAUUCACGGUUGAUGUAGAUCGAUAGCUACAUACUAAGCAUCUUCAGCCUGGAUUCCACUGCAAUGGAAAUAGAAUGGCUGCUGUUAAUGUGAAUGUUCGCACCAUCUUGUAUGUGCAGAGUUCCUGCACAACUGCCUGACAAUAUGUGACAGGCUAAGUGAGGACUGACAGUCUGUAAAGAUCGAGAUGCACUCUGGAUUCAGAUCUCAGUGUAUCUGCUCUGAGACCUAAAUCCACUGUUACUGGUUCCUUGAACCUUGAACCUUGAACCUACUGUGCCAUAAAAGGCCAAUUUCUGCCUUGGUGUCGUCCAAGAACUAUCCCUUAUUUUGACAAAGAACUGAAUGCUACAUAGUAACAGAAUCUACAUCACUGGUAAAUUUACAUCCCCAUAACAACUGAUGUCAUUGAUUCCAGCUUAGUGUUCAGCAACUCUGUGGUUCCAGGCCAGUGCCAGCUGCGUGGUGUGUUUUCUAGCACUGGAUCCAGCCUUUAAUAUCCAGUUAAGUAAAUUAUCUGUGGAUAUGUCCAGAACUGCCUUCUUGCUUCACAA